UGUGGACUAUUAUUAAUCAAUAUAUUCAGCUAAUCAAAGUGAUAUAAGUGUUAAUGCGCGCUGACGUAUUAAAUUAAAACACGUACUGCUUCCUUGCAGUUCCGAACAGUUUCACAAUUACCUGAUAAUCAGAAUAUAUUUAGUUGUGUACAAUAAUUCAAAGUGAGCAGACGUCGCUCUUCGUUCCUUCAAUUCUAAGUCAAUAACUUCGCAAAUCACCAUGUCUCUCCAAGAGCAAUUCGACCAAGCCGCCGAGAACAUUAAGAAGCUGAAGUCCCGCCCCAGUGAUGCUGAUCUCCUGGAGAUUUACGCUCUGUUCAAACAGGGCACAGUCGGGGAUGCUGACCCAGCAGCCAAGCCCGGUAUGUUCGACCUGAAGGGAAAAGCCAAAUUCGAGGCCUGGAGCGGCAAGAAGGGAAUGUCAAAGGAGGACGCACAGAAGGCCUACGUUGCGAAGGCACAGAGCCUCAUCGACUCUCUCGGCCUACAAUAAACACCUAAUGUUCCUUUAGAGCACGCAAUUGAGAUCAUUUGCUAGUAAAACACGUUAGUGUGUAAAAAUCAAAACAAAGUUUGCGUAUACACUCAUUAUGGCGGUAAAUUUGUAUUGUCAUUUGUCAAACAUGGCGGCAAGCCCGCCAUUGUACUGGUAUGUUUGCCGCGCUUUUUAAGUCAAUAAUAAAAUGGGAGGUACUACGAUUGCGUGUUGUAAGAGCAAUAAAUAUUUAUUAAAUGCUAUUUACAUAAUUACGUUACUUUAAGUUAUUGAGUGGUGACUGUUAUGAAUAAGUGUUCUUUAUACAGUUUUAAUAAUAUUUUUAUCAACGCACAGAUAAUGUAACUUUGUAAGAGCUUCCCGUUGUUGUAUAGUCUUUUGGAAACCAGUGAUGGAAUAUUAUUUUUACAUACAUUUAAGAGCAUUUUUAUAUUGUUGCUGUGGUCAUGUAUUUUGUUUCUUUGUUUUUUUAUACAUCUGGAAUUAUAUGGAGAUAUAAUGA